AUGACGCUUCGAUACAUAGCGUUGUCAUCGAUAGGGUUUAGUACCAUAGCAGUGGUAUUUAGCGGUCUUACUUUUUUGAGCCAACAACCAUUAACUAUAAAAACCCAAUUUUUUACCGUUGCUGCAUCUGCACUUAUAGAGGUUUUUAUCUGCGCAUGGCCAGCUGAUUAUUUAUUACGCACGAGCAAUGACAUUGGUUAUGCAGGAUAUGAAUCGUCGUGGUACUGUAAAGAUAUAUCUUUACAGAAGAAUUUGUUAUAUACUGUGUCGAGAUGUCAAUAUCCUGUCACUCUUACAGUGCCAUGUCUACUACCAACUCUUUCACUUAAUUAUUAUGCCUCUUAUUUAUCAACUACGUUUUCCUAUUUAACAACAUUUCGAGCAGUGAUGGCUAAUUAA